CUCUGGCUCUGCCAUUGAACGUCUCCUCUCCUCUUUAAGAACGCGUACACAAGUCAUUAGCCUUCACCUUCCCGGCUUCCGCACCCAAAUCUCCUUUUUCUCUUCUAGCUCAACGUUUCUCUUUGUCAUUUAGAAAACUAUAAAUCCUAAAGUGAAGGAAGAAAAGUUUGUUGCUUGUUUUAGUUUUGUAAAAAUGGUUAAAACAAAGAAGGUUUCCUACAUAGCAGUGCCUUCUCAAGUAAUAAACACUUUAUCGUCUUCUUCACUGCAAUCUCUUCUUGUUUCACCUAAAAAAUCUUCCAAACCCAGCUUUACCAAGAGGUUCUUUUCUCCGACCUCUUACAAGAGCACCAAGUUCUGGUUUUUAACUCUCUUUAUUUUUGGCCUUUUUGGAAUGUUAAAGCUCGGUUUCGAUCUUGAUUAUUUGAUCCCUUUCUCUCCAUACCCUUGUUUCAUAACUCAACAGCACAACUCUUUUUCAAAAGGGUAUACAAAACCCCUUCUAGCUUUAGCUUCAAAUGGUGAAAACCAUGCUCAAAACACUUUCAAAGAUGAGUUUUUAAGUGAGUUGGGUGCGGUUUCAAACAUUGAGAAUAAUAAGGUUUCGAAAGGUGUGAAUCAACCACAAGCAUUGAUUACACAUGGGUAUUCGGAGUCAGAUGAAGAUACUGAAUUUUGGAAACAGCCAGAUGGGAUGGGGUACAAGCCAUGUUUGCGAUUUACUAGAGAUUAUAAGAAGCAAACUGAAGCGAUUAUAAAGAACAGAAGAAAAUAUUUAUUAGUAGUAGUCUCAGGUGGCAUGAAUCAGCAAAGAAAUCAAAUUGUUGAUGCUGUGGUCAUUGCUAGGAUUCUUGGUGCUGCGCUUGUUGUUCCCAUUUUGCAAGUCAAUGUCAUUUGGGGAGAUGAGAGCGAAUUCUCUGAUAUAUUUGAUUUGAAGCAUUUCAAGAAGGUUCUUGCCAAUGAUGUAAGAAUAGUUUCUUCAUUACCUUCAACUCAUAUAAUGACAAGGCCAGUAGAGGAGAAACGAACUCCACUUCAUGUUUCUCCUCAAUGGAUUCGUGCACGUUAUCUUAGGAGGCUCAACAGGGAUGGGGUUCUGCUCCUGCGUGGUUUGGAUUCGAGGCUCUCUAAAGAUCUCCCUUCUGAUCUUCAGAAACUCCGCUGCAAGGUGGCCUUUCAUGCAUUGAGUUUUGCCCCUCCAAUUUUGGAACUUGGUAACACACUUGCAGAGAGGAUGCGGAGCAAAGGACCCUACCUUGCUCUUCAUCUAAGAAUGGAGAAGGAUGUUUGGGUGAGAACUGGUUGCCUUCCAGGUUUGAGCCCUGAGUUUGAUGAAAUAAUAAAUAAUGAGAGGAAACAAAGGCCAGAGCUCUUAACUGCUAAAUCAAACAUGACUUACCAUAAGCGAAAGCUUGCUGGUCUCUGCCCCUUAAAUGCCGUGGACGUGACCAGGUUGCUUAAGGCCCUUGGAGCUCCAAAGAGUGCCAAAAUCUUUUGGGCAGGAGGGCAACCUCUGGGUGGGAAAGAAGCCCUACUGCCAUUAACUAGAGAAUUUCCCCAUUUUUACAAUAAGGAAGAUCUUGCUAUGCCUGGUGAGCUAGAACCAUUUGCAAACAAAGCUUCCUUCAUGGCUGCCCUUGACUAUAUUGUCUCUGAGAAUAGUGACGUUUUCAUGCCUUCUCAUGGAGGAAAUAUGGGCCACGUGAUCCAGGGACACCGAGCAUAUGCAGGGCACAAGAAGUAUAUUACCCCGAACAAAAGACACAUGCUCCCUUAUUUCCUAAGCUCCUCUCUUCCUGAAACAGAGUUCAACAGGAUCAUAAAGGAGUUGCACAGCGAAUCCUGGGGACAACCAGAACUCAGAUCAAGUAAAGCUGGAAGGGAUGUUACAAAGUAUCCUGUGCCGGAGUGUAUGUGUAAUGAUACACACUCUCAUUCCAACUUGUGAUCCAAUUUCAAAGGCUUAAAGGCUUCCAUUCACAACAAGAUCACACACACAGCAGAUUUCUUCACUACAAAAAGUUUAAAACUUUUCAGCAAAUACCAUGAACUUGAGCCUUGUGAAAACUAUAUACCUGUGGUUUUCAGGGCAAUGAGUUUUCUCUACACCGCUAUUGCAAAAUAAGUGAUCUCAGCCUGCACACUCCUCAAGUAGAGCAUUCACAUUGAUUCUUGUAUGUAUAUUCUAUAGGAUACCAUUCUUUAAUUCUUUAUAGGACUCUUUUUUUUCUACAUGGAUAGAUUCUUCUUGCCCCAUUUCAGUCUGUAUCAUAUCUAUGUACCACAGAUGUAUACAUGUACAAAAGUAUAAUAAAGCAAUUUCAAUUCAGUUUGA